CAAUGGGGCUCUAUGGGCUGGCUACUAGACUACUCUUGGAGUGUAGACGUAGGCUAUUUUUGCGUCCGUAGAGAACUUUUUCCACAGAGAGUAGCUGACCAAUAAUCAAGCCAAGUUUAAAGAUGGAGGAUGUCCCUGGGGAGAAGACAGAGGAUGGGGUGUCUGGUGAAGGACCCAGCUACUCUAGGUUCCCUGUCUGCAGGGAACCAAUGAGGAGGACCUCCCUACAGGGGAUUAAGGAAGAGUGGCUCUCUCUCUCUCUCUCUCUCCUUCAGUGGCUCUCUCUCCUUCAGUGGCUCAUCGUCAAAGUUCACGAUGGAGGAUGUCCUUGGGAAGAAGACAGAGGUUGACGGAGUUGGGGUGUGUGAUGGUGGACCCAGCUCCUCUAAACACACUUGGGAACCAAUGAAGAGGCCCUCCCUACAGGGGAUCAAGAAAAAGCUGAGACAACAUACACUGGUCCCCCCCAAAGAUCCCUCCGGUUACUGGUCCCGUCACUACCACUAUGACUACUCACCUGCCUCUUCCAUCAGUCCUCUCCCCCUAAUCUCCCCCCCUCUGCAGCUCUGGCCCUUUGCCUUUUUUGAAUCACUCAUGUCAGAUCCUACAACUUCAGGAACUUAAACCGCCAGAGGUCCAAUGUGAAUCCCUGGUUUCCUCUCUUGGACUAGAUCCAAUCCCAGAUCCCACACCUACACCCUCAGGUGAUCAGCAGGUCAGCUUUAGACGCCACCUCUCUCAGGGCUGUCCUAAUCUCCUACACAGUUACUCCAUGUUCACCAUCCUAACUAUCAUACGUUUCAGUAAAAAAUAUAGAAGACCAACAAAUAUUUUUGACAUACAUUUAUUUAACAUUUUAAUAAACAUUUACUACUGACACAAUUUAUUCUGGUACAUCUAUAACAAUAUACUGUCUAUGUUUUUACGUUAAGGUUAUACCAGAGAAGUUUAAACCAGAGCUGAUUGUCCAUGAGAACAGAAGAACAUACCGAGAAUCUGGCCCGCCCAUAAGAAACUGAGCUACGACCGUGCAAGUGUUUUUAUCCUUGAGAGACAUGGCUUGCAAACGAACAAAGCAUUACAUUUGCUCAGUUUGGAUGUACAAAGGAAAACAAAAAUCUUUUUACAGUUCCUUCAUCCCAGCUAACUAACUCUCCUUCGUCCAGCUACUAACCUCGGACAAGUUCCUGUGCCCCCAUGCAGGUGUGUUCCAGUGCAGCACAACAGGCCUGGUGUUUAAGAUGGAGGGAGAGGGGGAGGUGCUCUACAGGACAGUCUCCUGGGACAGGAGUCUACUGGCCCAGCAUGGCAGGAGGCCUGCAGGACCCCUGUUCAACAUCGAAUGCCCUCAGGAGUCUGUCUGUCAGCUACACCUCCCUCACUGUCAGAUUCACUCAGAGGGUGGAUGUGACUUCCUGUCUGUGGCUCAUGUGACCGAUGACGGCUUUGAGUUAAUUCCUCCUGUGACGAUCACAGACUCACACGUCGUCAUAAACAUCACUGGAUUCUCUGCCUUCGGCAACACAGAUGAGGAGAGAGCUCCCAUCUCCCCGAUAAAUGCUCUUGUGCUGUUGUUCUACCAGCCACCGCUUGUCAACCAGACAAGAUCCAUCCUGAAUGUGUUGUUGCUUCCAAAUAAUGUCAUCAUCCAAGAGGUGCAGCACGAGAGGAGGAGGAGGAACGGAGAUAAAGAGAGGUACAUCGAGUCAGUGUCUCACUGCAAACUGACCCCAAACCAGGAAUACACCCUCACUAUGGACCCCGCAGACGCACAUACAAUAAAACCAAAUAAAGCUGAGUUUGUGACAUUUGACUCUUAUGAAAAUUACAUCCCCACGUUUCGGAUGUUGUUUCGGACCUUCGUUGAAGAGGUGAACGUUCUUCUAAAAGAAAUUGGCGCUUCUGAACAUGUGUGGGACGACCUGGUCUGGCUUCCAGCCUCGACAGCAACCCAGGAGGCACCCCAGCCCGGCCCCCAGCCCGCCUUCCAGAGUGCUCUCUCUGGACCGGUCUUCUUCAGGAGACACCGUGCGAGUCUGCAGACCCGUCUGUGCCUGCUGCAACCCCUCCUGCUGCGACUCCAGGACAAGCGGGUUCUGAUAGACGAGGAGCGCGAGGAGGUCGUCAGCAAGCCCUCCCAGACCCUCCAGAAACAGGCCCUGCUGGACAUGCUGGCCAGGAAGGGGGAGGGGGCCCAGGAGGAGUUCUACCAGGCCCUGAAGGCCAUAGACGUCUACCUGGUCUUAGACCUGGAGGACAGGCAGAUGUAGACGAGUAGCAUGUACGAGUAGCAUGUACCUGCAGAGCCGGAGAGCUGCAGUUUCAGGACCGCAGUUUCAGGACCGCAGUUCUAGGACCCUCGUUUUAUCUGACAGCGCCACCUAGCGAAUUGGAUAACCAUGGACCGGAACAAGAUAAUCAAUAUUUUCCUGCAGUAAUGAAUGCAGGUUACGGCUCAAAUUUAAAUUAUAACAAGAAGAAGAGGAAGUGAUGUAGCUUGUUUCAUGAAGAUGGAUGAGAAUCAGUGUAAGUAGCUAAUUUGAAUCAUGUGUGGUUAUGUAUAAAACAAUUCUGGUGUCUUGAAUUGGACAAUAAAGUUAACGUUAGCUAGCUAACUUCAACUUUGCUGUCGAAAUCAUUUCAAGACACCGGAGUGGUUUUAUACAUAACACGUGAUUCACAUUAGCUACUUUUUACAUUUUACAUUUAGUCAUUUAGCAGACACUCUUAUCCAGAGCGACUUACAGUAAGUACAGGGACAUUCUCCCGAGGCAAGUAGGGUGAAGUGCCUUGCCCAAGGACACAACGUCAGUUGGCAUGACCGGGAAUCGAACUGGCAACCUUCGGAUUACUAGUCCGACUCCCUCACCGCUCAGCCACCUGACUAUUUUACCUAUGAGCUACACUGAUUGCCAAACAUACAACUGUUAACAACCAAGUUGAAGACAGAAAUUACUGUUUGUGGGGAAUACUGCUUUGGUCGCACUCUUUUUGGUAUUUUGGUGGUCGCGAAAAUCUAGAAAUCCUUCAAAAUGUUGCUGGUUGAUGGGGUGGAGGGAAUUAUGAAGAGUUGGAUGGAGCGAUGCAGGUGUAUUUGGUGAAGGGGUGGAUGGAUGUGAUACUGCGAUUGUUAUUGUUUAUUAUUGUGUAUAUAUAUAUUAAAUAUAUCCAUAUCUG